AUGGAAUUAAAUAGUGAGUCAGAUCCAACGUUUUUCAAUGAUUCUGAUGAUGAUUUUUUCAAUGAUGGUAUAUUCUCGGAGUUUACAUCUAAACACAUUACAAAGUCCUCUGGCUUCCACAAGUCAUCAUCUGAAGAACUUUGCUUUCAUAAAUCCCCAUUGAAAGGCACUCAAUCAACGAAAAAAAUCAUUCGUAAUUCAAGUAAAGGAACAUCCAGACAUCGUAAACUCCCUGGUCCAGCAGGUUUACUUCCAAAGCUUCAUGAACAUGGUAAUCGUCAGCGUCCUAUGAUUGGGUCAAAAUCACCCAAAAAGAAGAAAGAUGAUACUGUAUCUAGUUUGACUGAAAGCUGUCUAUCACCAUCGUUAUCUCAGCACCAAUCAUCUUCAAGUCAAAGUGAAGAAGCUGCUUUGUUAAACAGACUACGGUCAGAAUGUGGUUCAACCAUAUGGUCGGUUGUUGAAAAAUAUUCCGUCAGAGAAAUUUUGAAAAUGAUCACUUCUAAUCAACUACCGAAAGGUAAAAUCCCAAUAAUGUGCGGUUUUCUUGAUGAAGUUGAACUAAUGCCUACGGACGCAAAAGCAUUGUUAAAAGACAAUUCAGGAGUUUUGGCUUGUACAAUCCACCGUUCAGUGAUAAAGGAAUAUAAAAAUGACUUGGGUUGUUGUUCCCUACUUCUGUUGAAACAGGUUACUAUUUUCAGUCCAACUGGCAAAAAGUUUUAUGCCAAUAUAACUCUUCCAAAUAUUGUAAAAAUAUAUACCCCCGAAAAUACUAUUAUUACUUCAGCAUCUGGUCAUCAUACAACAGCACCUCUUUCUUCUCCAUUAUCUCUUCGAGAAGUGGAAGCUUUAGAGGAAGAUUGUUUAAGAGCUCUUUCACCGCCUUCAACUCCAAUGCCACAAACAAUCUCGAUAUCUCCUAUCUUAAAACCUAUCUCUUACCGAAUACAACCACAAACCAAUCAAUCUUCAUCUGGUUUAAAAUCAGAAUUAUCAACUACAAAAAGUUAUACGUUACAAUUACGUCCAAAUGGUUUAGGUACCUUAUUAAAGUCUAAUUCAAUAUCACUCAAUAAUAAAGUCAAAUCAUCAAUCUGUGAUAAUAAUAAUAAUAAUAAUUUACAGAAAAAAGAUUAUCAACAAAAUAUAAACUCAACGACUAAUGUUACUGCUACGACUAUGACUACUACUACUACCCUACCUGAUUCAUUAACAGUGAAAGAUGAUCUUCUAGAAGAUGACAUGGAUGAUUUAUUAUCUAGUAUAGCUGAUGAAAUUCCUUAG